AUGGCAGCACAGCAGCACACGCACCUCGUCAGCGCACACGGCGUCCAGCUCGCGCAUCUCUCGACUCGCGACGAUGACGGAGUAUUGCUCUUCGAGGGGACAGUUCACCUUGCACUCGCGUCUCGCGGGACUGGCGGGGCGACUUCAACACGCCGACGGGUCCCCCCUCCGCCGCCGCCUCGAUUUGGCGAGUCGACAGCCGCACUCUCUCCUCCUCCUUACGCCGAAUCCUCGCCCUCCACCUCGACUCCGACAGAAUGGCUCGUCCUGACUCUCACGACUCCGACGGACCCAUCACCCUCCUUCUCGAUGCCCAUCUCGCUCUCCAACUCGUCCGCGCGAAUCGAAGCCGUGCCCCCCUCGUCGUACAUCCUCCCAAACACAAUCGACGUCCUCGGCCCAGCGACUUCUCCUUCGUUCUUGCGCGGAGAGGUAGAUGAGAAACAGGUGCAGAACGGGUGGAUAAAGCUCACGCUCCCGAGCGCGGGCGUCGAGCCAGAGACGAGGGAGACGUUCGAGGCGGCCCUUUACGGGCUCUAUCGAGGCGAGGGAUCGGCCAACUCGUCGAGGAGCGCCUCGCCGCAACCUAAUCAGCUGUAUCUCGUCGAUGAGAACUCGGGGAGGGUGAUCGGGCAACUCGAGGGUGGGGCACACUUGAAGGAGGACGAGGCGGUCGCGAGCGGGCGGAUGCAGGAUGCGUCUACCCCUCUGUCAGGUGGGAAAGCAACCGACAUCGACGGCCACGAAGCAGUCGUGAUCGACUCGCUCGUCCCAACCGGUUCAAGUGCGAGUGCGGAAGGACACGGCGGCACGAUCACCUACUCGGUCAAACCCGUCUCAGCGUACAACCCCGCGGCGAACCCCUCGAACUCGUCCAUCAUCAGCGCAGCCAACACCGUCUCACACGGGAUCGUCGUCGGAUCCGAGUUGCUCUCUCGCGCGUUCGAGCGCGGGGCAGGGAAAUACGUCGCUUCGAGGCCUGCGACGCAGACCCCGCUUGUCUUCAAAGAUUCGACGCGCGGUGCAUUUGAGAAGGGGAGUAGGUGGACGCAGCAGGCUUCGGUGUAUAGCGGCAAGGCGGCGGGCGCAGUUGCGAACAUGGCGGGCAAGCUGGGCGAGAGGAUUGGAAAGGCCACGGGUGUGCAGAGCAGUCCAGGUGGCCAGGCUCCGACGGGCUGGAAAAAAGCCGUCGCGUCGACCCUGGUGGCCGUCAACACCGUCGCCGACCACCUCGAGACCGGCGGCAAAGCCCUUGUCGACUCGGGCACAAAGUCCGCGAGUCAGGUUAUCCACCACAAGUAUGGCGCUGAAGCGAGGGGAGUCGUAGACAACGUCGGUUCAAGCGUGAAGCACGUUGCGCUCGUUUACGUCGACGCCCGCGGAAUCGGCCGUCGAGCCCUCGUCCAAGCCGUCGGCAAAUCAGCUAUUAAAGCUCGCAUGGCGGACGGCUCCACUCUGUAUCUGACAAACGAGCAAGGAGAGUUGAAGCAGAUUGAGGACGUUGCGGCGCGGGAGCAGGCGGAGAGGGAGAAGAGCGGAUUCGCCGGCGAGGGCUCGUACGCUGGAGGGGUGCAGGGCGCGUCGACUGCGGUGCAGUAUGGGGCGGGCGGCGCGGUGGAGAAGCGGUGA